AAGAUCCAAACAUUGACAUUUCACGCGUUCGUUGGGAUUUUGCUUCCGCUAACGACACAAGAAAUAAUUGAAAGCUGCGUAUUUUCAUUAUUUUCUGCAUAGUUUCUGAAUUUUGAAGAUUCGAAUUGCGAAGCGAGGACAAGACUGAGACGCCAGGCGAACUUUCACUUUUACAGUAAUAAUGGAUCAUCAACGAGGGGAUGAUGGGAAGACUAAACACGCUGAAGAUGUUCCAGAUCUUACGAAAUUGAACGAUAUCACGUUACCUACUGUAUUGGACUGCUUAAUUGAUCGAUUUCAUCACGGGAAAUAUUCCACUUUUGCUGGAACUGUUCUAGUCGCGUUAAAUCCAUGUUCUUCCAAGCGAUCGAGGAGACACUCGCCUCUUAAAUCGUACGAAAAUCAAGAUGUCAGGAGGUUUGUAGAGCUUACACAUUGCAGCAGUGAACCAGAUGUGAAGAAUUUAGAACCCCACGUCCUCUCUAUCGGAGUGAAAAGCUUGUAUAAUAUUGACAAAGUUGGGAAUAAUCAAGUCAUCGUUGUUUCUGGUGAUUCGGGUGCCGGAAAAACCACAUGCACACAAGAUCUUAUUAAAUUUUUUACGUAUUCUGACACCGAGCCUAACAAUGACAUGUGGACCUUGGAGAAAAAGAUUUAUGAAGCAACUUUAAUCCUCGAGGCUCUUGGAAAUGCGAGUACCACUGCCAACCCGAACAGCAGCAGAUUCGGACGCCUGGUGCGACUUCAGUACAGCCAAGAGUCUAAAAUCAUCGGGGCUGAAAUUAAAACUUAUAUGUUGGAGAAGCAUCGGGUCGCGAAGGGGAAUUUAAAUGAAAGGAAUUUUCAUAUUUUCCAUUAUUUGUUCCAUGCCGUCGAACAUGGUUACAUUGAAGGUCGCAAUAAGAGCGUUUACAAUAAUUCAUUUUGGUCCGGUAACGUUCAAGAUGGAGACCUCCAACAGUUUGCAAAUCUGAGCACUAGACUUACCAUGUUGGAUUCAUUGGAUCAUUUUAUUCAAGUUUUUGAGCUCCUGUUCGCAAUCAUGCAUCUCCUCGCUGUCGAGUUUAAAGUGGACAGUGUGGCGGAAGAGGACAAGGAAAAUUUUACUGCACAUCGACCCAAGCAUUUUAAGGUAUCAUCAAAGACUCAAGAUCAUCUCGACUCGGCCAGUGCGAUCCUCGGAAUUUCAACAACAGAGCUGCACAAUUCACUCGUUUAUAAUACAUUUUCAGCUGGAAAUCGUACAAGCGUAAGCUUAUCACCGUGUGCGAGUAAGGAAGACUGCGAAUCAAGACUACAUUCGUUCAUUAGCACGUUAUACGAAAGAUUAUUUCAUCACGUCGUCACACACAUCAACGCAUUACUCAAUCAGCAUAGCAGCAAAUCUUCUGUCCUAGACUACUCGACCCCCGUUACUUCGACUAAUAAUGAGCCCAAUUCGUGCACUACGACGGUAUCAAUUUUGGAUUUGUACGGAUUCGAAAACCUGGACUUUAAUCACUUUGAACAACUUUGCAUAAACUAUGCGAACGAGAGGAUUCAACAAGUGCAGAUUUCCGUGCUUAAGGGAUACUUUGAGGAGGAUAGGCGUGUAUCCAAUUUCAAUCUAACCGAUGAGCCCGUAGAACUGAAUCGAGUCGAGAAUGAGACUAAUCUGCGACUGGAGGAACUUCAUCAAAGAGUAUUUUGCAUUUUAGACGAAGCAUGUCUGCUAAAAAGGCCAACCCCGGAUAAAGAGAUUUUUCAGCAAUUGGCAAUUAAAUCAGCAAAAGAUCAAUUUAUUAAAACUGGCCAACCGCAUGAUGACAAGUGCCCAUUUAUCAUUCAACAUUACGCAUCCGACGUUAAUUAUUCUAUGGCUGGAAUGAUUAUGAAAAACAAAGACUUUAUUCCUGACGAAUUUAUCUCUAUACUGAGCAGAAGCUCGAAGUCGUUCAUUUGCGACUUAUUUCCCCACAAGAGUCUGGAACCAGAAGUUGCCGUUAACACCCCUCGAAGGGGCAAACCGGAAGGGAGAAAGACAAUUCUAAUGCGUUUCAAGUUUUCCGUUAACGAAUUGGUGGGUGAAUUGUUGGAGAAGGAGAAUCGAGAUGUCCAUUUUAUCAAAUGUAUCAGACCGAAUGUGGAUCUAUUGACGGAUUUAGUUCAGCCGGAACUUGUACGAAAACAGUUAUUUGCUUGUGGCAUUGUCGAUAUUAUUCGUAUUGCGGGGAACGGUUAUCCAAUUCGAAUAUCGACGGACAAACUCGAGAAAGAUUUUCAAUUUUUAUUCCGUAAAUUAUUAUACAAAAAUUAUCCUUGCAGCAAGCCACUUGGAUGGCAGGAUAGGCUCGUGCAAAUAUUUUCAUCUAAAUCGUCUCCCUUAAAAUUUGGAAAGUCAUACGCCUUCAUGACUGAAAGCAUCUUAAGUCGAAUGAGGAAGUUUGACAGUUUAAUUAAAUGGAAAUCUGCUAAGCAGAUUCAGAGUACUUGGAGGACUUUUAUUUCGGAACUGAAAAAGAGACGAGCUCAACUUGAGGUGGCUGCUACCCGAAUUCAACGUUGUUGGAGAGCUUAUUGUUUGGAACUGAAAAUCAAACAAAAUGAACUUGAUAAAACUCCUGUUCCCACAAGUUCAUCAAGUUGCAAUAGUUCCCUGUAUUUCACUCCAAUGACAAGUAGUAUUUCGAGCACGUUCUAUUCUGUUGGGACUCACAAUACUUUAAGUCACCCCAACCAGUCCAAUCUGUAUUUCUCAAUUGGAAGCGAUAUGUCCAUUUCAACUUCCACUUCUGAAGACCUUUGCCAACAACCAGAUUCAAGUUGGUUAAAUUGCAGCACUGACAUGAAUAUCACCAAUGACACAGAGGGUACAAUUACUCCAUGCGAGACAAGAUUUGACAAUGCCAUCAUGAUGGAAACCAGUGGCAGCACACUACUCUGUAUGGAAUCAGAGAAGGAGAUUUCAAAUGAUAUAACGCCAAAUCCUACACUACUGGAUGCUACGCAUGAAUUGACAUUUUGGAAAGGGGAGCCGCGGGGUCAACAAGUGGACGUGUUUGUGGGGGAUGGAGUCAUUUCAAGAUCGGCGGUUCACACGCUUCCGAUAAAAAUUUAUACAAAGAAGACUGCCCUCGGAUAUAUAAAACCACCGAAAAGACUGACAUCAAAUGGAAUAGAAGAUGCAUUUGAAGAUUAUAAAAUUGUUAUAAAAAAAAGUUUAUUCCCACCACCGAGACAAUCUACAUUCCUAGGUGAAAAUUCAGACCUUUCCGAAAACCAAUUAUAUCAUGUGAUUUAAAAUUAUAAAUUUAUAAUUUUAAAUCACAUUGCAUUUAUGCAAAACAUGAUAUAGGUAGCAAAAGUAUUUUAGUAUUAGAUUUUUAAUUUUAUAUGAAUGAAAAAAUAGUUUAUUUGUAACAAAGACA